AUUAUUUAUGAAUACUUGCUCAACAAUCGAUUUUGAUAAAACUGCUUAGUUUUUCUUUCCAAACUCAUUAAAUGUUGCUUAUUCUCCUCAGAAAUAAUAACAAAAAUCUCUUUAAAUUAUAUUUGUAGACCCAUAUAAAAAAGGAUCUAAUUCCAAUAUCAAAAUAAAAAGGACAAAUAGUUAAAUAGAACUUCCAAAAUUAGAAUUAUACACUGAGACCGAAUCUCCUGACAGCCAUAAAUAAAUUAGAGGCAAUUUCAUUAGAGAUUAAUUGUAUACUCCUAAUGCAAGUAGAGCAGACAGAUUUCCAUAUACUAAUAUAAAUAAAUCAAAUGAAUCUAGUCCUUAAAAAAUGUCUAGUUAAAUCAGUUUCAAUAAAUAGAAACAAGGUUAAAAAUCAUUUUUAAAGAGUAGACCUCAAUAAAAAAUAGUCACAAGAAUUUUUGGGGAAUUAUGA